AUGGCGGCCCUCCUGCUCCCUCCCGCCCCAUCCGUCGUCUCCUCGUCUCUACUUUUAUCUGGGUCGCGCCGUUCACUUGCUCCUCCCUGUAGAUUGCUGGUUCCCGCUCCUUCGCCAUCCUUGGCGGUCGUCCCCUGUAAGUUUCUCUCCCCACUUGAACGCCAUGAUGGAGGCUUUGUUCCCCCUAAUUCCUUCUCUUCUUCGUCCCUGUAAUGUCCUGAAAGUCUUUGUUGUCUAGUUCGGGGUGAUGCCGAACUUUUUUACAGCCGUUUAUCUGCCCGUAGGCCCAAUUCACCUAUGCGUUGCCCAUUUUUUUUUACAUUAUAGGAUAGUUUAAGCGCGUUUUCCCCUCCGGAAACAAGUCUGCAUUUGGAAUUCGUUGUUGCCAAUUUGUGUCAAAUCCUUCUCCAUUUGAGUUUUGACCGUGGUUAGUUGUGUGUGCUCAUUUCGUCACAGUUUCGUUCUCAUGGGUGUGCGAGCGUUCACUAACACCUCUCUCCUCUUCCCGUCUUACGACUUUGGCUAUUUCCUUCCAGUCGAUUUAAUUUCCUCUUUUUUCAAAUAUUGCAUGCUUUUUGCUAAAUUUCCGACUGGCAUUCGGUGAGAUCAACACUCUCUGGAGUUACUCUUUUUCUAAACAUGAAUUUAAUUUUGUUUUCUCAUUGAUGGAAUUUUUUUUCCGGAGAGGAUUCCAUGAUGAGCGUGACACUAUCCUCUUAAGAUCCACUUUUCCCCAGAUUGAGUUCAUAUCAAGUGUUGCAAGGUUUCUUUUAGGUUUUUCUUUCUUUCUUUCUGGGUGAAUCAUGUCAAUGCCUUGAUCAAAAAGAGUAGAGUACGCAAUUGAAGCAUAAAAUACUUCGAAGCAUGAAAUCUGAUCUCUUGCAGAACUUCUCUACCGUCAUUUAACACGAUGUUGAGCAAGUAUGAGAAGGGGGCAUUACCAUGGUGGCUAUUAGGUUUCAUUACAAUGGGAGAUGCUCACCACUUCUGAUCUGAUUAUUCCAUUUUUUCUUCCCCACAGCUGUUUCUCUCUCAAUUUCCUCUGGGUUCUGAGCCUCUCCCCCAGAUCAUUGUGAUUUCUAGCACUCUUAAUUAUGCAUUUUGGGUGAUCUUUUUUAUCUACAUUUGCAAAAAAAAAAUCUUUGAAUGAUUUCAUGAUUGGAAUUUUCUUUCUCAUAAAUUAUAGUUGAUUGUCACUCGGGAGUCAACUCUUGUAUGAACCUUCUCCACCCAUGUCGAUUUACCCUUUUCCAUGUUAUUGGUUUUUGUCCCCCCUUGAACUCUAUCCGAGUCUCACUUGAGCUUCCUUCCAAUUUCUCCACUGAUUUUUUUUCUUCUUUCCAUUGCUGCAGUGACAAGGCAAUGCGGAAGCUCAACUGUUCAGCUGGGAUUUCCUUCUUUUACUGUUUCUGGAAAGCGGAAUGUGGCUGCUCGUGCCUCGGAGAACGAUGGGAGCGAUUCCAGCAGCCCCAGCGCACCUGAUGCAGGGAAAGAAGCCUCUGCCUCUGUAGAGGGUCUUCCCUUGGAGUCAAAGCUGCAGCUGAGGCUCGAGCAGAAGCUGAAGAUGAAGCUAGCAAAGAAGAUCAGGCUCCGAAGGAAGCGCCUCGUCCGCAAGCGCGUGCUGAGGAAGAAGGGGAGGUGGCCACCAUCAAAGAUGAAGAAGAACAAGAAUGUCUGA